CGUCAUUUGUGAAAAGGAAAGGCGUGCUUCGUUUUAAAGUAAAUAAUUAUAGUUUUCUCGCAAAAAUGGCUUUACACGUUCCAAAGGCCCCUGGCAUGUCCCAGAUGAUGAAGGAUGGUGCUCGAUACUUUUCUGGGCUUGAAGAAGCAAUCUACAGAAGCAUAACCGCCUGCAAGCAAUUCUCCCAAUGCGUUCGCACUGCCUAUGGUCCCAAUGGAAUGAACAAAAUGAUAAUUAACCACCUCGAAAAACUGAUUGUCACGAGCGAUGCAGCCACAAUAAUCAAAGAACUCGAAGUCGAACAUCCAGCUGCAAAACUGAUGGUGAUGGCAUCCGAGAUGCAGGAAGCAGAAGUUGGAGAUGGUACCAAUUUCGUCGUCAUUUUCGCCGGUGCUCUUCUCGAAAAUGCUGAAGAUCUCCUUCGUUUGGGAAUCACCACAUCCGAAAUCGUAGAAGGCUACGAAACCGCUCUGAAUAAGGCUCUGGAAAUCCUGGCCACACAGGUCGUGCACGAAGUCAAAGACUUCCGUAACGUUGAACAAAUAAAAUCCGGCAUCAGAACGUCGGUGAUGAGCAAACAGUACGGCCGGGAAGAUCUUCUCGCCGACCUUAUUUCUCAAGCCUGCAUUUCCUCACUCACGGAAAAAUCCAACUUUAAUGUCGACAAUGUCAGGGUCUGCAAAAUCCUUGGUUGUGGAAUCCAAUCCUCGCAGGUUGUGCAGGGAAUGGUUUUCAAGCGAGUUGUCGAAGGUGAUGUGACGAAGAAAGCGAACGCAAAAAUUGUCGUUUAUACUUGUCCGGUGGACAUCACUCCCACGGAAACGAAAGGCACUGUGCUAAUCAAAUCGGCUGAUGAGCUUCUGAACUUCUCCCGAGGCGAAGAGUCGAUGCUUGAGGCACAGAUCAAAUCGAUUGCCGACAGUGGAGCUGAUGUUAUUGUUUCUGGAGGCAAAUUUGGUGAUAUGGCGCUUCACUACAUCAACAAGUACAACUUGAUGGCGGUUCGUCUGCCUAGCAAAUUUGAUAUUAGGAGACUCUGUAAGGCUGUUGGAGCUACGGCACUUACGAAACUGGCGCCUCCAACUUCAGAAGAACUGGGUUUCGCAAGUACGAUUCACAUCGACGAGUUGGGAGACACAUCCGUCGUUAUUUUCAGCCUCGAUGGCAAGGACAGUCGCAUUAGCACAAUUGUCAUUCGUGGAUCCACCGAAAAUUAUAUGGACGACAUUGAACGUGCCAUCGAUGAUGGUGUCAACACCUACAAGGGAAUUACUCGUGACGGACGUUUUGUCUCUGGUGGCGGAGCUGUAGAAGUUGAAUUGGCCUUCCAAAUCGCUGAAUUCGCCAAUACUCUGCCAGGCCUUGAACAAUAUGCAGUGCGUAAAUUUGCCACGGCUCUUGAAACAUUCCCGAAGACUUUGGCGGAGAACAAUGGCUGUCAGCCGUCAGAACUUCUCUCGAAACUUUAUGCAUCCCACAAGGAAGGAAACAAGGCUUAUGGUUUCGAUUGCAGUGAAGGAACUGGUGAAAUGGUUGAUACCGUGAAGGCUGGAAUCAUGGACCUGUUUUUGACGAAGCAGUGGGCAUUGAAAUAUGCGGUAAAUGCAGCCUGCACAAUUCUCAAAAUCGACCAGAUAAUCAUGGCGAAACGAGCUGGAGGACCGAAGCCACGUGCUGGCGGUGGCCACAAUAGUGACGACGAAUAGAUUGUGCGGCGUAAAGUAUUUUAAUUUCGAAUUGCUUAAAGCAUUUUUUACGUUCAAGUGUUAAGAUCGUUAUUAAUUCUAAGGUUGACAGAAAAUGUUUGCAACGUUUUUCUGAGCCUUCAUCUCACACGCAAUUUUUAGAGUUCUAAUUCAUCGUAAAAAAGCAGGAGCUUUUUGUAGUUUAAGGACGUUUUGAACUUGCAUCGCUAACAUCGUUUUAUCGUAAUCCAUUUGCGUUGAUUCCGAAACCUCAUUUGUACGAACACAAUUUUGCAAAAUGAAUACUUUUUAUGAGA